GGGUUGAUCUAAAACUUCUUUCUCUUUACCCUCAUAGCCAACCUCUGCUCCCACCCUUCCCUGGGCGGGUGGCCUCGCGAGAUCUUGAGAUCUCAAAGCUGCUUCCACGCUGUAUUUGGAAGUUGAGCAGGCUGAGGCGCCCAGACUGGGAGGCAGUCGAAGCUCAGCCUAGCUGCCCCACGGCAUCCAAACCAGGAUGAAUUGGGUCGGAGGGUUUAGGACAAGAAUUAUGUUUCAACAGGAAAAGAGAAAGCAAAAGGAAUAUUUUGAAAAGAAAAAGCUAAAUUCAAAGAAGUUUCUGGGAGUUUUAUCACCCUCUAGAAAUUCUUCAGUCAGUUUAGAUCUUCUCAAUUUGUAUAUGGUAAAUCAGAUCUCUAUGAAGCAGAGAAAACCUGCUACUGUGAGAAAGCCAACAUUUGUGAAUAUAAAUAGGAACACAAAAAUACCCAUAAGAAGGCACAAUUCAGAAUUUUCAGUGGCCUUUCAUUAUAAAGCAUCCAACGUUUGCCUUGAUGACACAGAAAACAGAUUCUGGGCAAAGAAGAGAACAUGGAAGAUUUGGAAGCAAGCCCAGCAUUUAUAAAGACUGCCAAUCCAAAUGACCUAAAAACUUUGCUUAAUAAAAUAAAUCUAGCUCUUGGAUGGAGGGGGAUCAUAAAUAAAGAUUUAGAGCUGAAAGGAUCUUAGUGACCAUAUUUGCCAAAUAUCAUUUUAUACAUGAGGACACUGAGGCCCAGGAAGGCUAAGUAUACCCUGGUCAUACAAGCAAUGUACAUUAAACCCAGCAUUCUAACUUUAUAACUAGUAUUCCUUCCUUUGUCUCUUACUAUUCUAGUGUAUUCCAGUUGUUUUUAUUGAGAUUAAUAUUAAAAAUGAAAACAUACCUUACUUUAGGAAUAUUUAUAGGCUUCUCAUUGAGAUUAUAUAUUUUUUCCUUUCCUCUAUAUUGAAAUAAUAAGCAUAGAGACAGCUAGGAAUUUUGAAUUUUUUUUUUUUUGCCAAAUCAGUGCUGACUAGGAUUUUGAGCUUGUGGUUGAACAAGCUUUAAGUCUAGAUCUAAACUCAUUUAUGUGGCAUUUAAAGCCCUUCACAACCUGGCUCCAAAUUACAUUUCUAGCUACUAUUACUGUUUCUGUUCUGUGAGAAGUUUUACCACUUUAACCUUCUUCCUGUACAUAACAACCUGUCCUACCUGUACUCUUCUUUCAUUAGACAUUAUCUAUGUUGUACUCAAUUUUAAACAUUACAGUUUAAGACAGACAGUGAAAAACUAGAGAGUCUUCAGAGGAGGGCAGCCAGGUUAGGAAAGGGCCUUAAGUCCUUGUCAUGCAAGGAUCAGUUGAAAGAAUUUGGCAUGUGUAUCCCGGAGAGGAGAAGACUCAGUGGGAACAUGAUGACUUUGUUCAAGUAUUUGAAAAGCCAUCAUAUGGAAGAGAGGUUACACUUACUCAAUGAGGGCCCAGAGGACAGAAUUAGGAACAAUUCUGGUAGAAAUUGCAGGUGCAACUUUAGAUUUGAAAUAAGGAAAAAUUUCCUGCCUAUUAAAGAUGUUUAAAAGUGGAUUAGACUGCCUUGAACUGUUUUGAAUUCCACCUCCUUACAGAUCUCAAGCAGAGACUGAACUUCUGCUUCUUGGGUAUGUUGUAUUGUUAAUUCCUUUUGUAUACAUACAUACAGGUUGAACUAGAUGCCAAGGUGCCUUCAAACUCUAAAAUGAUGUGGUUCAAUGAAUACAAGACUUUGAGUGUUUUAAAUAGAGUUUUCCACAUAGUACAAAUUGCUCCUGAAGAAAACUUGUUGUUGUUCUGUAACUAUGAAAGUGCUUGUAUUGAGUAAACUGUCUCUACUAAUACAUAUCAGCAGCUAUUCUUUAUCCAAUAGACAUAGAGAAGCAGAGAUGAAAGGAAAAGAAUAAAAAGCUUCCUUCAGAGCCAAGUUCAGGUCUUGCCUCCAAACAUAUUAGGCUUUGUGGCCAUUCAAGCCAUCUAACCAUCAGUAUCCCCAGACAGUUUUUUUAAAAAUAUUUAUUUGAUCAUUUCCAUGCAUUAUUCAUUAAAGACAAAGAUCAUUUUCUUUUCCUCCCCCCCCCCCCCAUAGCCGACGUGUGAUUCCACUGGGUAUCACCUGUGUUCUUGAUUCGAACCCAUUGCUAUGUUGAUAGUAUUUGCAUUAGAGUGUUCAUUUAGAGUCUCUCCUCUGUCAUGUCCCCUCAACCGCUGUAGUCAGGCAGUUGCUUUUCCUCGGUGUUUCCACUCCCAUAGUUUAUCCUCUGCUUAUGAAUGAUGUUUUUUUUUCUCCUAGAUCCCUGCAAAUUGUUCAGGGACAUUACACCACCACCAAUGGAGAAGUCCAUUACAUUCGAUUAUACCACAGUGUAUUAGUCUCUGUGUACAACAUUCUCCUGGUUCUGCUCCUCUCACUCUGCAUCACUUCCUGGAGGUUGUUCCAGUCUCCAUGGAAUUCCUCCACUUUAUUAUUCCUUUGAGCACAACAGUAUCCCAUCACCCACAUAUACCACAAUUUGUUCAGCCAUUCCCCAAUUGAAGGGCAUCCCCUCAUUUUCCAGUUUUUGGCCACCACAAAGAGCGCAGCUAUGAAUAUUUUUGUUCCCCAGAUAGUUUUAUAAAACUUCUAAGUUGCAUUUUGAUAAAUUCAAGUUUGCUUCUCAGUCCUUCAGUUUGGAGAUGUUGUAAAUUGUCCAAUCGAUGGAACAAUGUUUUGCAUGAUGUCACUACUGACCUUCUCAGAGAUGAAAGGUUAGUAUGGGGGAGAGAAUGUAAAACUCCAAAUUUUAGAGAACAAAUGUUAAAAAUUCUUGCAUGUAAUUGAGAGAAAAAUGAAAAAUUGAAAAAAGAAGAAAUUAUCCACUGAAUUUUUUCCUUAACAAGUA